AUGGCACAGCUGCCCCUCGCCUCCCCGCCGCCCCUCCCCCUCCCGCGCCAGCCCUCGCCCCUCUCCUUCUCAAGUGUAUCCGAGGACCAGGGACCGUCACCCUUGCCCAGCCCUGCACUUGGCGGGGGAUCAGAGUUCUCAAGCAGACUUCGCCAACCGUCAGGCUCCAGCCACCACAGCACACCCAGAGUCUCUUCGGGCACGAUACCCACAACAGCGUCCCAGAACGCGCAACUCGAAAGUCUGCUACCCAUCAAACCCGUGCCAGAUUCUUUACUCUUCAAGCAUACCCUGUCCGCACUCGACAGCUCAGCCUCUACAUUCAAGAGGCUGUCAAAAACGGUGCUUGCGUAUGCUGCAGUAGCGCAUACAUUGUCAGAGCAGCUCGAAAAAGCCGAGGAUGAUUUGUUUGGCGCUGUUGGCGAACUCGGGCGGUGGCUAGAGAGCGGUUAUGAUGUACAGGUAAAGGGAGAGAAGAGUGGCAUAUGGGAAGACGAUGGGAUCCGUAAGAUCAACAAGGAGAAGCGGCGGAGGGAACGAGUCGAGACCCAAGUCAGAGUCGAGCAGGGGCUGAAAGAUGUCAAGGCGCAUCUCAAACGUCGAGGGCUCGCUGGCGGCGGCGCGCAGAACAAGUACGAGACAAACGCAAAACAGUUCUACCAUGCCACAUCAGUAUACCUCGCUCCCCAGUCCCCUCCCCCAUCAUCGUCCCACACGCAACAAGCGUCGGCCUCUUCUACAGCCUCCCAUCCGGCCUACGACCAGGCUCAAGCCGUUCGUCUCGCCCAGUGGGACCUGACGCGGUACACGCAUCAUUCCAUGUUGCUCUCUGCAGCCCCUCCCAGCUCUGAAGAGCUCCUCAAUCUACUGGUCGGGCUGUAUGGGUGGGCGGGUGCCAUCGUGGGCGAGCACCCAACUGCGGUGUUGGAGGGGAUAGAUGAAAACUCGUCGACAAUGAUCCGUCGGAGUUCACAGUCUCGUCCUGAACAGCUUCGCAGAAGCUCCACUCCUGUUCAAACACCUCAACACUUGAAGACCAGCCUCUCCUCCUGCCUCUCCCAGCUCGCCUUCACCCGAUCUGAUCUACUUGCCGCCUGGGCGCAGAGAGAGGAACAGACACGUCUCCUCCAGGACGAAGCUUACAAGCGUCAGACUGAGCUUGAUGUUUGGCAAGACAACUCUAGCAAUGUCAAAUUUGGCGAAGGUCUUGAGUUGGGGUUGAGUCAGGGGAGCGGAAACGCCAUGGCCAGUGUAUCCUCAUCUGGGGUCGAAUACAAGAAGCCAAAGAAGACCAAGCUGGGGCGCUCCAUGGGUGGACGACUGAGAGAGUUCCUGUCUCCUUCCUCCAGCUCGCACUCCCUAGCGAGCGGUUCCACAACUACUCUGCCCUCAAACAUGGACAGAUCCUCUAGGGCAAGCUUUGAUGGUGCUCGCCGCGAGACGAAGGGAGAACCCAUCCGCAGAUCGAGCACCAUAGGCAUAGAUAAACUAUCCACCCACAAAGAGACACCAGACCAUCACAUCAAGUCGACCCCAACCCUCGUCGCCACAAAAUCGCCCCCUACUCCUACAUCGAUCCUGCCUUCUGCUUCCUCACAUGACACCAACACGUCGUCCAUGCCUACGCCUUCAGCUUCGGCUCAUGUGGCGGCGUCGAUGCCACCCCCACCUCCACCAAAAACAACAGCGCGUCCGCUCAUGACGACGCGGCAUUCUGUACACAUGCCUGGUGCCGACUAUAUCGCGCCCUUCAUCACUACCAUGUCAAGCCCGACCGAUUACGACGCGUCAAUAAAACUCCCCUCGCCGUUCGAGAGCUCGCCAGAUCUGAGACUAGGCAUAAGCAGUGAGAAACUCCGGCAUAGUUUGGACAGCUCUCGUCCUCUGAAUUUCGGACCGAGCCCCACGCCUAGUCUGACGCAGCCAGAGCAAUCUGCGAUCGGGCUGGGUCAUCCGACGGGUGCCAGUAUUGGUGUUGGUGUUGGUGGUGUAGGGGGUCUAGGAGCAGGAGGGGAUGAAGAUGAGCAGCGCGAAGAGGCCGGGAGGAAAAAAGAAGGGGUGCUGUGGGGUAUGGGUACUUGGGAGGGCUUGAACAAGGGUGCUGGCGGGAAGGGCAAAUGGGAAAAGUACUGGGUGGUGUUGGACCAUUCAAGCAUCUUUGAGUAUCGAGAUGAUGGAAGCUCGGGGCCACCGGGAGGAGCGCAUGCGGCCAUUGAUUUGAGAUUUGCAAUCUUUGAAAUUGUCACUCCCUCACAAGGUCGUCGGUUGUAUCAAGCUACUUCAGACCAAGAGAUGAAGCAAUGGCUUUAUGCCAUCUGCAACGCCAUUGAAUCAUGUAUCAACGGUACCUCGACUGUCCGUACCAUCGAUCAAACAAAGGGUCGAGGUCCCUCCGGUGCUUACGACGACCAUGCCCUCCCAACCCGAUCCAAGUACAACCUCGCCUUCUCAGGACGGAGCAUGGGCUUAGGCUUGAUACCUAAUGGCAGAAAAUCGAUGCCUCCUACUCCCGUUGAAAGGGACACUGCCGAACCUCGCACCAGGAAAACAAGCUUGAAGAAGGUGCUCAAAUCCAGCGGUGAGAGGUUCUCCACCGCUAUGGCGGGCGGAUCAGGGUCAAGUGAACAUCCUGAAAAGUCCAAGCGCAACUCCUUUGGCGGACUGGAGAUUUCUCGGCCUGUGUUUGGGAAAGGAGUCAACAGACAAAGCUUGCCUCCUUCUGCGCCAGAGACCGCAUCGCGACAUGCCGAGUUUUCACAGAGCCAGCUUCUACCUUCUAUCAGUACACCACCAGGCGUGAAAUCGUCUUGGGCUGAUGGAGAGAUUGAGAAACGCGUCCUUGAGAUGUCUGGUCUUGGUCUGGGCUCAUCUCCUACCACUGCCACUCGCCUUGCUCCGGGAGAGAGCCCGACCAGUGCCAAACGCAGAGUCAAAAGCGAGGCCGUGCGCAAACACUCCCAGAAGCAUCAACAGGGCGGUGAAGGCAUGACGCGGUCAAAGAGUGACGACGGCCAACUUGAGGAGGCAGACGAGAAGAGGGUGUUGAGAAAGAUUGCUGCCGAGGAAGGCAAUUCGAGGUGUGCAGAUUGUGGUGGAGGUAUGAAAGCCAGUCGAUGGGCGACCAUCAGUCUUCACGGUAAACCUAUUGUCCUCUUCCUCUGCAUUCGGUGCAUCGGCAUUCACCGCUCCCUCGGUACACACAUAUCAAAGACGCGUUCCGUCGACAUGGACAACUGGACCCUGGAGCAGGUCGCCUCUGCUCGAGAAUGGGGCAACAUCCGAGCCAAUACUGUGUGGGAAGCCUUGCUAGAAGGGGGACGCAGACCAGCGUCCGGGGACGAAAUGAAGGCAUUCGUGAAGAGCAAGUACUCGGACGGCAAGUGGUUGAAAGACGAGGAUAGGGCGCGCUUCGGCUUCUCCUCCUGA